AUGGCAGGGCUUGCCCACGCCUGUAAUACCAAGUUCAGGAGGUGGUGUUGGGCACGGCUGCCGGCUCUUGGCUCCCGUGGGGUGGCCCCUGGUAGUGGUGGUGGAGAGAGGUCCAACGCCCUGCCUCCCGAGGGUGAAGCGUCCUGCUCGUUCAAUUCGCCCUGGUUCCACCUGCAGUCUUACUACUUCGACCGGGAUGACGUGGCUCUGAAGAACUUUGCCAAAUACUUUCUGCACCAGUCUCACGAGGAGAGAGAGCACGCCGAGAAACUGAUGAAGUUGCAGAACCAACGAGGGGGCCGGAUCUUCCUCCAGGAUAUCAAGAAACCAGACCGCGAUGACUGGGAGAGCGGGCUCAACGCCAUGGAGUGUGCACUGCACCUGGAGAAGAGUGUCAACCAGUCCCUGCUGGAGCUGCACAAACUGGCCACGGACAAGAACGACCCCCAUCUCUGUGACUUCAUCGAGACACAUUACCUGGAUGAGCAGGUGAAAUCCAUCAAAGAGCUGGGCGACUACGUCACCAACCUGCGCAAGAUGGGGGCCCCAGAUUCCGGCCUGGCCGAGUAUCUCUUCGACAAGCACACCCUGGGAGACAGUGAUGGAGAGAGCUAAGCGGCAGCCUGGCCUUCCCCAAGUCACCAAGGCAGCGCAUGCAUGUGGGGUAGACCUGUCCCUUUUCUAGAAAUUGUACCCAAGCAUCCACUUCCGUUCUUCCAUUUGUACCUUUCCUUCAGAUAAAGUCUAAAGUCAUUUGAUACCCAGCUGUUGUCUCAGAGAUCUUGGCGGGGAGGGGCCAGGGAGCCGCCCCGGGCCCAGGCAGUCAAGUUUUUUAAGCGCCCCAGUUCCACUGCAAAAUCCCACUUAAUAAAAUGGAGCUUGCGCGGA